AUGAUUCAACGUUUACUAGCGAUAACCGCUCUUUCUUCAAUAGUCUAUGCGCUGGAUUGCCCUACACCACUUCCACCUCUUGGGGGAACAACUUCGUUCACUGGAACAGCUAGAGAAGGUUCCGUUGCUAUUGGAACAUGUCCGCUUGGACAAAUCAUGAGCGGUGCUUCGUCUCUCACAUGUACUAAUGGCGCAUGGAAUCCGCCAGCGUUCGGUAUCUGUACCACGACAGCAGGAAUUGGAGGUUUGACGAUGCCUAUGACAAGUGGACUGGGAACAGGAAUGUCACCGAUUCUUCCAUCAACUGGAUUAGGAGUUUCACCAAUUCUCCCGUCGACUGGAUUGGGACUAGGAACUGGACGAGCGUCCACAGCUAUAUGCCAGAAUGGCCAAUGGCAACCAUCCACAAUGGGAACAUGCUCGAACAGCAACUACCUGGGUUUACCGACGAGCUACGGCGACGGCUACACGAACAUAGCCAGCGGCUUAUCGGGCCUAUCGACCGAUCUACCUUGCCCUUUCGGGGUCAUUCCACCAUUGAACGGUAAUGUUGUCUACAGCGCCAGACCACCUUACCCUCGUGGAACUACAGUAACCUUGACCUGCGAUCCCGGCUACGUCGUGAGCGGUCAAUCGACGGCGACCUGCAAUAAUGGGCUCUUUGGCAUUAUAGGAACAUGUAUUAAGGCUUGA